AUGGAUGUGGCGGAAUCGCCUACGACAGAUCAGGAUGCCUAUGGAGACUGUGGAGUAAACUUACCCCCGUCUAGUUAUCUUACAGCAAUGGGGUCGUCUGUGGACAGUGAACAUGAAGUCAAGCAGAGGCAGCAGGAGAUCUGCAUGAAUGAACGAGGAUAUCCUGACAAAACUGAAGUGAAAUCAAAUACAAGAAGGAAUGUGGAAGCAGGGACAGGUAAGACUGUCCCUUGGGAUUCCUGGGUCCCGGAGAGCAGCACGGAGUUGAGAAAGGAAGCCUUUCCUUUGCUGGAAGAGGAUUGGGUUAGAGAUCUUCUAAGCAAAAUGGGCAUACUCAAGUUCAUGGAUGCUGCUGCACCAGCAGUUGCUGAGGACCUGCUGGAUGUCAUUGCAAGUGUGUGCGAAUUUUAUUGCAGUGAGGAGGACAUUUAUCGUGAUGCAGAAGAAAUAGAGAGAGAGAAAAUGUUACUUGUUUGUGAGACUGGCUCUUCAGAACAUAAACUAAGUGUUGCACCUGAAAUGGACAUCAUGGAAUAUUGUGUAAAAGAAUGGAGAGGAAAUACACCAGUAGCAAAAAGGAUGAAAAAGGGAUAUGAAGCAGUUUCUCAAAAAUUUGCAUUCAUAAGGAGAGUACGAGGUGAUAACUACUGUGCUCUCAGGGCAACCCUGUUCCAGGCAUUAAGCCAAGCUACUCAAUUGCCAAGCUGGCUGCAGAGUGCAGACUUUACUAUGCUUCCUGAGAAGUUGUUGAGCAAAUAUGACUGGAUCAAGCAGUGGCAGCUGAAACAAAAACUGGGUAGAAAGAUGGGAGAAAUAAGUGAUGAAAUUAAGGAAUAUUUAAUGCUAUUAAAGAAAAAGUGGAAGAAUAUCAGUGAAAUCAAGGCUGCUAAUGAGAGACAAGAAGCUUGUGAUGAAUUGUUUAAAAACGAAGAGGAAGAGUACAGCCUAUAUGAAGCUCUGAAAUUUUUGAUGCUCAACACAGCCAUUGAGUUGUACAAUGAUGAUAAAAAUGGAAGGAGGGUUCCCGUCUUCUCGUGGUUACUGUUUGCACGGGAUACAUCUAGCAACCCUUGUCAGCUAAUGCAUAAUCACUUGAAUCAAAUUGGUCACAGUGGAGGGCUUGAACAAGUGGAAAUGUUUCUCCUCGCUUAUACUCUGCGGUACACCAUCCAAGUCUAUCGAUUGUAUAAAUAUAAUACUGAUGAAUUCAUCACACUUUAUCCAAAUGACCCGAAGGAAGACUGGCCUGUGGUGACUCUCAUAACUGAGGAUGACAGACAUUAUAAUAUUCCAGUUGGAAUGUGCCAAGAGACUGUGUUGUAAA